AUGCCCCAGCAGCCACGCAUUCGUGUCGUUGUGCAGCUCCCUCACAACCGUCCUGACCACCCACUUCCCGAUCCUCCUCAUAUUGAAUGGAACGCAGAGAAGGCUAAUAUCUUAUGGGAGGUCAUCGCACUCUCUCGGACGAGCGAUAACGGUGGCACGGAUUGGAAAGGCCUCGCAGCACACCUAGAAGUGCCACUUCCAUAUCUGCUUUAUCGUGCACAGGCCCGAUACGAAGAUGACCUCCGGGGAUUACAAGGCUUUCACGCUGGCAAUCAACAAAACCAACCCGCUAUCAAGUCCACAGAGGUAACACCCGUCCUCCCAGACAGCCCCCUCUCCAUUAAUAUCCCUGCUGCACGAUUCAACUCGCUCAAUAGCGCCGGUAGGCUUUCCUCUUCCAAGCUGGCAACGCCUCUUGGCGUCCGUGCGCGGCUCAACUCUAUCACCCAACACAACUCCGUCCAAUCACCUUCAAAGUGCAAGAAAGCAUCGUCCUCGUCGACAUCUACUCUUCAAGGAGCUCAAAUCAAGAGACCAGUGCGCCUGCCCUCUCCGUUCUCAUCCGACGAGAGCGAUUCCGAAGAUGAGCAGGCCGCCAAGGAAGAAGAAGCUGACCGUGCGGCAGAGGAAGCGGAAGCCUUGUCACGCAAACUUGCAAGCCUGCAGCGCAUGAUGACGAGCGAGGCCCUUGGCCUUGUUGGUUCACCGCUAUCCCAUGACAAAGGCAAAGCACGAGAUAUCAUCCGCGGGCGUGCGCCGGAUAUCAUGGGAUUUAAACGCAACGAUGAGACCUUCAAACAUGAAGAACGGAACCGCGAUCACAGCGCUUCUGUAUCAAGUGCAUCUUCUCCGCAGGGUUCGAUUCCUUCGAUCCCAUCUCCCCCGCCAGAGUCUCAAUCUCCGAUGGCCCGGCAUCUCUCCACGAGCAAGUCGAGUAGCCCGCCGAUAGUGUCUACGCGGAACGCACGGGGGCAGUCGCACAUGCGUUAUGGAGCACUUGCAGGGCUUAGCGAGCAAGAGAGCAGUCAUGGGAGCUCUGCCUCAAGCUUCAGUGACAUAAGUGAAGCAAGCUUUUCGGCGUCAGCAUUAGAGAGUGCGCUGAUGUCAAAUGUCCCUGCAGGAGCAGGGUCUCGUCUGUCUGCGAUUGCAAGAAGCAGGUUUGUACGUGGGGUGCGGUUGUAG